CUGCUGGGGCGCCGGAGCCGGGUGACGCCGCCGCCGCCCGUGCGCCUUCCGGGCCUGGCCGGCCCUAUGGAGCCCUCGGAGGGCGCCGUUCCCGGAGAGAUUAUUAAAGAAGCUGCCCUGGGUGUCUCAGCCCAUGGAUCAGGGGACACUUGCCAUACACCUGUGGUGGAGGAGGAGGCAGGCAUCCCAAUACCAGCACCAGGGCUCCUGCAGGUCACUGAGAGGAGGCAGCCCCUGAGCAGCGUCUCCUCUCUGGAGGUCCACUUCGACCUACUGGAUCUCACUGAGCUGACCGACAUGUCUGACCAAGAACUCGCCGAGGUCUUUGCAGAUUCUGAUGAUGAGAAUUUUACCAAUGAAUCCCCAGCAGGUCUGCAGCCAUUGCCCCGGGCAGGCUGCCUGCGCUCCCCCUCCUGGACAAGAGCAAGGGCUGAGCAGAACCUGGAGAAGCAGCCCCUUGGAGACCUGGAGCGGCAGAAUGCAAUUGUAGACACUUUCCUCACUGUGGAGGGGCCCAAGGAGGACUAGUGGUCCAGCCUUCCCUGGAGCCACAGGACCAGGCCGACCACCACUGCGAUGGCAGCUCGGGAUAGUCCUCACCCCAGGGACAUCUCCUCCUACCCAGGACUCCAGCUGUUUGCCUCCUGACACCACAUCAGGCCCCUGGGCACCCAGCACAAGUUUAGCCCAGUGGCCUUGCAUCCAGCUGGUUUCUGCACCCUGGACCAGGGACGACACAUGGAGUGACUGCUCUGGGUAAAACCAGAGUAGACAAUGGUGAGCCUUCUGGAAACUCGUCUAUAGGACCAGUGCUCUUGUCUGCCACCGAUCCCCAAAUCAGGCUCAGCGUGAGACCAAAGCCUGUGAGGGACACUUCAGGAACCCCUCAGCAGUGUUUCCAAUGUGUUUCCUCAGACCUCGGCUUGGAAAUGGGAGGUGGGUUUGGGGGUGACUUCUGGCAUGCUCUGCUGUCCAGCCAAGCAUGUGGGAGGGUGGGUUCGUUCCCAAACUUUCCAGAUUAAUUUCAAUCCUGCCCUUUUCCUGUGCCACAGACAGGCACCACUGGUUCCAGGUCCACUUCUCCUAGUUAUGGUAAAUGACAGCUGAGAGCUGGAGGCCUGGCCCACCUCCUCCCUAGCUCAGAACACCAAAUACCAUCAGACUGCCUCAGAACCUGUGACAGCUCCUAACCUGGGGGGGGGGGGAUCCACUUUCACCCUUUCCUGCUGUCUGUAAUACAUACUUGUGCCUGUCCCCCACUGUCCAGUUGUAUGGGCCACCCAGUCUGUCAACUCAGUAGGAGACUCUGAGACCCUGAGGGUCUGUGUCCUGGGAACCCAAGGAUGUGCAGGGGAGGCAGGACCAACCAGCUGCUCACUCUGUGGUGAGAUGUUAGGACACCCAGCUAAGCCUUUUCCAGUUACUGCUUUUUAUGUGCUAAAGGGCACUGCUGAUAUGACCAUGAACCAGAAAAUGGUUUUGAAAUAAAGGUUUAAGCUUGCUCUUUGUCCCCAAGCCAAUCUUCUCUACCCUUUUCUCCACUAAAGCCUUUCUGGAGAAGGAAAACAGGCUCCUGAUCCUCUCACUGGACUGUCCUGCGGAGAUGCCCCAGGCAUACCUUGGGCUUUUGCUGUGUGCAGUGGCCAUCAAGAGGCUCUUUUCUGAAUAAAAGUCCAGUUCCUGCCUGACCAAGUCUCCUAAAAC